AUGCGGCGCGCCAGCCGAGACUAUUCCAAGUACCUGCGCGGCGCCGAGGAGCUGGGGGCCGGCGGCGCCGAGGGCGGCUCUCCCCCUUCGCCUUCCUUGCAGCCGUCCGGACUUACGUCCUCCCCGUCUCACUCUCCGUCCGCCUCCCGAGCCCUCCUGGCCGCCCUGGUCCUGCUGGGCCUCGGCCAGGUCAUCUGCAGCCUGGCGCUCUUCCUCUACUUCAAAGCGCAGAUGGACCCUCACCGAAUUUCUGAAGAGGAUACCAACUGUUUACGGUCCUUCCUGAGACUUCCAGAGAACGUAGAUCUGCCAGAAGCCACCUUGGCCAACCAAGAGACGAGGCUGUUGUCUGAAUCAUGUCGAAGGAUGAAGCAGGCUUUCCAAAGAGUAAUGCAAAAGGAGGUCCAGCGUCUGAGCGCUGGAAAAGACCAGUCAAGAUUGGAGAAAUCCACAAUGGGAGCUUCCUGGUCAGAUUCCCCCAAGAAAAGCAAACCGGAGAAAGCACCGUUUGCUCAUCUUAUAAUCGAUAGCCACAAUAUUCCAUCUGGCACCGGGAAAGUGAAUCUUACAUGUUGGCACCAUGACAAAGGCUGGGCAAACGUGCUGAACAUGACCUUCAGUGACGGCAGGCUCAUAGCCAAUCACGACGGCUUUUACUACCUGUACGCCAACGUGUACUUCAGGCACCACGAAACGUCGGGCAACCUGACUGGCCAGACGCUGCAGCUGAUGGUGUACGUGACCAAAACCGAUGCCAAGCGGAGAAACUCGGUCGUCCUGAUGAAAGGCGGAAGCACCAAGAACUGGUCGGGCGAAUCCGAGUUUCAUUUUUUCUCGGUCAACGUCAGCGGGUUCUUCAAACUGAAGUCGGGAGAGAUGGUGAGCCUCCAGGUCUCCUAUCCUUCCUUGCUGGACCACUCCCCGGAAGGAACUUAUUUUGGCGCUUUUAAAAUAAGAGAUAUCGAUUGA